AUGUCUUCCCUGGGACUUCCUCGCUCGCCCUUGAUCGCGCCCGGCGUCGCCCUGUGCGGAUGGACACUGAUCAUGGAAGUCUGGCUCUACGCCCUCCGCAUCCCGGCGCUGCAGAAGAGCAAACUGCAGCUCCGCCCCGAGAUGACGAAGACCGAGAUGAACUCCGUCAUCCCUGCUUCCUCGCAAUGGGCCGCGGAUAAUUUCGCCCAUCUUUGCGAACAACCAACUCAAUUUUACGCCACGCUCUUCGCGCUCGUGCAGCUGAAUGCGAACGAUGAUCUGACUGUCGGAUUGGCGUGGGGUUACGUGGGCUUGCGGGUGUUGCACAGCUUGGUGCAGGCGACGGCGAAUCCCAUCAUGACGAGAUUCCGCAUCUUCGCCCUGAGCUCGCUGACAUUGGCUGGGUUGACGGUCCGGGCAGUGCAGCACUUGCUUUGA